AUGGUCAGGAGCGGGAGCAUGCGGCGGGCCUCGCUGCCGUCCGCGGCGGCGGCGGCCCCGGCGCCGCCGCCCGACUUCACCGCGUCGCCGGGCGACUACAGGCUCAUGGAGGAGAUUGGCUUCGGCGCCAACGCCGUCGUCUACCGCGCCGUCUUCCUCCCCGCCAACACCACCAUCGCCGUCAAGUGCCUCGAUCUCGAUCGGGUCAACAGUAACCUCGAUGAUGUGCGGAAGGAGGCUCAGAUAAUGAGCUUGAUAGAUCAUCCGAAUGUCAUCAAGGCCUAUUGCUCGUUCGUUGUCGAUCACAACCUUUGGGUGAUAAUGCCGUUCAUGGCAGAGGGUUCAUGUUUACACCUAAUGAAGGUUGGAUACCCCGAUGGCCUCGAAGAGCCUGUCAUCUGCUCUAUUCUAAAAGAAACACUAAAGGCUCUAGAUUACCUCCAUAGGCAAGGACAUAUCCACCGAGAUGUCAAGGCGGGCAAUAUCCUUGUCGAUAGCCCUGGUGUAGUAAAGCUUGGGGACUUCGGUGUAUCUGCUUGCUUGUUUGACAGAGGUGAUAGACAAAGAUCUAGGAAUACAUUUGUGGGAACCCCGUGCUGGAUGGCUCCAGAAGUUCUCCAGCCUGGAACCGGUUAUAACUUCAAUAGGGUCGAAAACGGAACGCCGUCCUUUUUCUGGAGAAAAAGGAAACAAAGAGCAAAAAAGGAUACGGAAACGGUAUUUUACGGGAAAGGAAAUGGAAAAGGUAACCGGAGAGCCAGUUCCAACGGAAACAACAAGGAAAUUACGAAAAAACAAAUACGGAAACUUUUCGAAAAUAUAUCCUAGCCAGGCCUAAGUACGAAAUAGUAGUCCGACUUGGUCAUUUCUCUUGCUCAUCGGGCCAUGGAAUGCAUGAAACUAGGGCCUAGAUCACACUUGCAACCAGGCCAGGCUAUGUACUACUACAUACCUGGGCAUGGGCAGCUCGGCCUGAAAUUCUUUGGCCUAGAGGCCUGAAAAUGUUGGCCCAAUGGCUGAGCCGAGCCUGGGUAGUCCAAAUAAGCAAAAUAGGAGGUGGCCCGUCCCGCCGGUCCGAUGGGCGGCCAGGCCUGGGACUAUUUUUCGUGCGUCAGGCUUUCUUCAGCCCGGCCCAGCCCGAAGGAUGUCCAGGUAGUAUAACUACUAUAUUUGUACUUUAUGUUCAAUUGCCGCUUCUGUCGGCUCAUUCCGUUUUCAACCCUAGGCAGCAUGUAUCAUUAGUACAUCUAAGGUCACUAAAAUGUAGUUUUGGGAUUUUAUGUUCAUAUUAAAUGCUGAAUUGCUAUCUCUAGUUUUAAAAAUCAGUCUAACAAUCUUUGUUACAUUUGUCCUUUUUAUCUAUCCACUCUAUAAUUGCAAUACUCUUUGGCUUGC